UCCUCCGCCCCGCGCGCCGUCCCUGCGCCCCGCUCCGCCCGCGCCUCUCUGUCCGCGCCGCGCCUCGGGCGUCCAGAGCGCGCCCCUCGCACCGCAGCGAGCGCCGCCCGCAGCAGCCCAGCCCCAGCCUCCUCCUCCUCCGCCGCCGCCGCCGCCGGACACGCAGCCGCAGGCCGGGGCCGGGACGCAGCUGGGGAGUCAGGGACGCGCGCAGCCAGCCCUUCCCCCUCCGGCUCCCGCACCGCCGGCCGCCUCCCCUCGCCCUCCUCCUCCUUCCCUGCUCCUUCGCUUCUCCUCCUCCUCCUGCACGGCCCGGCUGCCAGCACCAUGUCCGCAGGGGGAGAUUUUGGGAACCCACUGAGAAAAUUCAAGUUGGUGUUCCUGGGGGAGCAGAGCGUCGGGAAGACGUCUCUGAUCACACGGUUCAUGUACGACAGCUUCGACAACACGUACCAGGCAACCAUUGGGAUUGACUUCUUGUCAAAAACUAUGUACUUGGAGGAUCGUACGGUGCGGCUGCAGCUCUGGGACACGGCCGGCCAGGAGAGGUUCCGCAGCCUGAUCCCCAGCUACAUCCGAGACUCCACGGUGGCCGUGGUGGUGUAUGACAUCACAAAUCUCAACUCCUUCCAGCAGACCUCGAAGUGGAUUGACGACGUCAGGACAGAGAGGGGCAGCGAUGUCAUCAUCAUGCUGGUGGGCAACAAGACGGACCUGGCAGACAAGAGGCAGAUAACCAUCGAGGAGGGGGAGCAGCGCGCCAAAGAACUGAGCGUCAUGUUCAUCGAGACCAGCGCCAAGACUGGCUACAAUGUGAAGCAGCUCUUCCGACGUGUGGCGUCAGCUCUGCCUGGAAUGGAGAAUGUCCAGGAGAAAAGCAAAGAAGGGAUGAUCGACAUCAAGCUGGACAAACCCCAGGAACCCCCAGCCAGUGAGGGCGGCUGCUCCUGCUAAUGCAGCCUGACCUGCCAGCUUCCUUUGACACUACUCGCUUGUUGUGUUGCUUCCUAUUGGUUAGCUUCCUAAGGGGGGUGGGAAAUGAGCUUAUCAAGAUGGGAGGAUUUUUCUUUUCUCUCUGUCUCUAGGAGUAGGGUGGGGUGGGGAGGGAGGCUGGGCAUCAGGGAUCACGUCACUCUUAACAGCUGUUAAACAACUAUUUUUUGGUUUGGUUGUAAUAUAUUGUACUUUAUUAAGAUUGCCAAAAACUGUUAAAAUUUAAAAAAAAUUUAAAAUCAUGUGUAUACAACUUUUUGCCAGAUAAAAAUGUAGUCAUUUUUAUUUAAAAGAUGUGCUUUUUGUUUUUGUAUAUUUGUAAACUUACAGAGAACCUUUUCCACACACCUCCUCCUUCCUGUCCUCUUUGAACCGUUAAUCACCUCUGCCCUCCUCCCAUCCCAGCCCAAUAAAUUCCAACAAUUAACUGGGCAACUUAAUUAGGCUCCAAUCCCAGACCCUACCAAACAGGCCCUACCUGGUUAAAUCAAACACUGAACAAAACAGCCUCUGAAGAGGCAACUUUUAACUCUGUCCUCCUUCCGUGGCCAGAAUGAGACAUUAGCCAUGGUCCCGAGGUGAAAUUAAGACCCUGUGGACAGCAGGGAGCCCGGCGGCAGGCCUCACUGGAAUUACUCCUGCCUCUCCUCUCCCCUCUCUGAAAAGCCCUGAAGGGGGUGGAAGGCACUUGCCACAGGCAACUUGUGUUCUCUGUGGUCCACUCAGUUAUUGGCAGAUCAAGAGGUCAUCGGAAGGAUGAGGUGCUGUCGGCAACCGUGGGCUUGUGUCCAUGUGUGGUUUAUAGCCUUGGGGCACCGUGUGUGGUUCUGAAAUGUUCUAACCAACCUUCCCAUCAUUCAGCCCACAAGUGUGGGUUGACUCUAAGGGAAAGGCAAAGAGAAACUCAGUGUGUGCCACCCUGAAGCCUUCCUCUUUGGACGUCUGGGAAGCUAGAGCCUGUAUCACACGGUAUUUGUCUGUGAUUGAGGAAGGGAGGGUGGACUGCGGUACCGCCACCUUGAAGAUGCAUGUGCAGAUCCUCGGUUGCUGAUACUAUUGAGUGCCGUUCUGGAAAAGCUGACCUGAUACAUUUCUGCCCCACUGGCAUAAUGCAGGUGUAAUCUUUGUGCACUUACCUUUGUGGCUAUCGUAGCAGCACUCUGGUUGCCUGAGGGUACUGCUGAGGCGGGGUCUCUAGAAGGCUGCCCAGAGCGCCGUCCUUGCCAUUUUGACUCUUUUCUGAGAAGGGCUUAAUCCUGAGAACCUGUAAAAUCUCUGAAGAGAAUUCUAAGUAAUGUAACCCCAUUUGGCCAGCAUUCCAAAUAGACCCACACUUACUGAACCUGCACCUGCACAGAGCCAGGCAGUAGGCAGAAACUCUGUCCCCACUUGGUAAACCCUACCCUUGAGGCUGGCAUGGACUCUGCCUCCACUGCUGUGCGCAUGUCCUAGGUGAGCUAAAGGACCAUCUGGAAGCGGUAGGAGGUGCACCUCCACAAAGGAGAACUCUAAAGUUGUUGCAUUAGAACUUCUCAGAAACUAAUCCAAAAUGGCAGCCGAAUUAAGUGGAGUAGAGCCUGGCAGGACUCACUGAUAUUUGUCUUGUGGGCCUGCCACACACUUUCAGUUUAAGGAGACUGUAUGUCAAAGCUGAUCUUUAGAGAGGAAUUGAUCUUCAGGUGAAGAAAAGAGGAAGCAGGAUUCACAUUGAGCUCUUCUAGUAGGCAAAGACCGAUGUAUGAACGUAAUUCCGAUGUCAUGUGUUUAGUUUUUAUAUGUGUGUACAUAAUUAUAUAUAGAGAUAGACUUGUGUAUACACCUUCCACACAUUCUCACAGAGAUACAUGUGCUCAAUGUAUAUUCUUGUUUUUCCUGCUCUCAAGUUGGAACUUGCAUUGUGAUAACAGUUUUGGAAAUUCAGAAGUACUGCAACGUGUUGAAAUAAGAAAUACUUAAUAUUGUCAAAAAACUUGUGAUUGUCUUGCCAUCAAUAAACUAAUGCAUAGAUGUGUUAAACUACAGGCAAAAACAGCCAUGGGAAUAUGUGCACCGUAUCUCUCUAUACUUAUAUGCACAGGUGUGCACGCCCAUGUGGGCCAGUACCCCCCCACCGUGGCACACCCCCAAGUGGUGCUUGUUGGAACAACAGAGUGCUUACUUACCUCGUGAGAAUUUCUAGGAGUCCACAUUACAGCACCUGGCCUGGUUGGCAGUGAGGGCCAUUGUUUGUGGCCUCUGGGACAGCCCCAUUUGCUGGGAUCUGCAUUGGGUCCCAGUGAAUGGAUGUAUGGUGGAUUAUAAUUUUCUUGGUACUAAAGAGUAGCUUUUCUUAAAUAUUACUGUAAAAACAGAGUAGAAACUCAGUUACCUUCUCAAGUGCACAGUUUAAGGCACCACGAACAUUUUUUCUUUCCAUCACAGCCUAGGAGCAGUAAGAGAUGCAGAUGUCAUUUGGCUCGAUGUGGCCUCAAUGAGCCGUGCCUUCCUCACACAUACACAGGGUCCUCUCUCGAGUCCAGACUCUCCCUAGCCCUGCGGCUUCUGAGGCAGGGGCAGUUGUCUCCUCUCGUCCUCCCAUCUUAGUGGUGCCAUGCCAUCCCAUGACGCUCCCUCCCUCAGGCCUGGUUUCCACACCUCACUCUCUGGUCUCUUGGGGCAGCCAGAUCUCUCACACAGACGUGGGUUGGUUCCUUGGCUCUAGUUUUGAGCAGGUGCCAUCAACGUUCUCUUGCCUGUAGAUGGUAUCUUGACUUGGAGUUAAGGUUCAAUCAUCAAAUGGCCAGAUUCCCUUGAAGAAGAGGUGAUGAAACUGCCUCUGCAUCCCUAGUGAGUGUUACAUCCUAAAUCCAGAUGGGCCAGCACGAGGCAAAGCCGUCGUUCAGUCCUUCUCCCUGAGGACUAGCCCUCACCUGGGAGACGGCCAGGGUCAUUGUGUUCAGGCCCCCUUUUUCUCUUUUAAUUUGGGGGUCUCAAAGAAAAGCUGGCAGUAAAGCUCCUAUUCCACAGACAUCUGAAAAGAGCAUGAGAUGCAGGAAGCAGAAGGCAUAUUUAUAGAUGUACACACACGCCAGAAUGAAGGUGUGACAUCAGCAGCUUGAGUGUGUAGUCCAAGGUUAGCAAGCUGGGUGAUUGUGAGCAAGUCUCUUUGGGUCAAGAGGCCUCUCUGCCAUCACUGUCCCCACUCUCUUCCCGUAGGCACCCUCAAACAUCCUGAAACACUCCUGGGUCUGAGGAGCAGUGGCCAGAUCAGUUCAAGUGUCUCAGGCAACAGAAACCAGGAUUCAAAUGUCAGCAGCUAAGUGUACAGACAUAUCUUGAGUGCAACAGCUCUGUCCUCCUGAUGGCAAGGCGGUGCUGGGCGUCCCUGCCCUCAAGUACCAGGUGUGACAAUGGCACCGCUGGCUUCGGUGUCCUGCAGGUAGAGCAGCCUCAUUCCUUCACACGGCAGAAGGCAGGUGAGGAUGUCAGGAAGUGAGAACAGGUAGCCAAGGACGGAGUCCGCUCUGAGCCACGUGAGGGGUGACCUAACAGAAGUAUGUCUUUGUGCAGCGACCAAGCAGGGCCGUGUGCUCUCUAGUCUCCAGACUACCUCUCCCCAGGCGUGGGAGGCGUCGCCACCCAGCAACAGCAGCAUGAGGCAGCGGUCUCACAGGCACCCUUCCUGCCUCACAGGCAGGGAGACAGAGGUGAGAGGGCGACUUGCUCGUGAUCACCCAGCAAGUCAGAAGCAGUCAGGGCCAAGGUGUCUCCAUUCUUCAUCGCCAACUUGUGUGUACAAACGUGUGCACUUGCACGGGAAGGGCUGCUGUGCAUGGGGGCUCCUCAGACCAGCUCUUCUCCGGUUAGCGUGUAAGGUUCUGUCCAGCGUAUCCGAGCAAGCUGGGAAAGAAUGCACAUACAUUUCACGCUCCUCCAUUGCCAACAAGGCCCGGUCUCCAAGUACGUUCUGAUCGUCAUGGGCGCCUGCAGACCAGGGCACCCUUUGAAUUUUUGUUUGAGAUGAACUAUUUAGGUGUUCCAAAACGUUGGGCUCUCAUGUGUAAACUCUGCUCUAGAGCCCUACGUGGCUGACGCUCCCCGCAGGGCAUGGUUUCUCCUCACAGUGGGGUUUGGGAGCUUCCUUCCAGUGGGAAGGCUCCAUACACGGAAGGCUAGCCAGCAUCGCAUGGUGUGUCGACUUGUCCCCUCACUUUCCCUCCCCCAUCUCCUUAAAAGUGGUUGGCCACGAGGAGCACAGAGGGUGGCGUUUCCAUCUUUUACUGGCUCAGCAGGCGUAAGUGGCCACAUUGACUUUACAUAAAACUGUGUAAAAUGUGGAAGAUUCAGCAUGUUGAUCAAACAAUAAACUGUCCUGAUUCUCAACACAAAA